AUGGCCUUGCUCUGGCUUCUCCUCUGCUUCACCCUCAUCAGGACCUCCCCUGGUUCUGGAGCCCCUGCCAGUGAACCGGAGCUGAGCAUUGUACCCAAGAUCAUCAAUACGACAGACACGCUUCCUGGCUCCGCACCCUGGCUUGUGGCUGUGAUGACUGCAAAUACGAUCCCAUUUUGUUGGGGUGCCCUCAUCAACGAGAACUGGGUGAUCACUGCCGCCCACUGCAAUGUCACGACAUCUGACUUGGUUGGGGUUGGGCUGUAUGACCCACGCUCAGGUAAAGACCUCCAGAUCCUGCAGAUUGCUCAGGUUUUUAUAUACCCCCAUGUGUACUGGAGUGUUGUUGACAAUGACAUCGCUCUGCUGAAGCUGGAAAGCGCUGCCCGCUUCUCCAGGACAGUGUACCCAGCAUUGCUGCCCACGGCUUCUGACCGCUUCCGUCCGGGGCGUCUGUGCGUCACCAUGGGCUGGGGGCUCGCCCACCCUAAUGCCAGCGAUCACCCCAGGGAGCUGCAGAAGACUAAGGUGCCCCUCCUGAACAACACCGAGUGUAGGAGGCACUGGGACUGGAUAAUCACUGAUGCCAAGAUGUGUGCCGGGGCCAAUAGUUUCUCUUGCUGGGAAGUCGACUCUGGAGCCCCCUUAAUCUGUAGGAAGAAAAAAGUCUUGUACUUGGUGGGGGUCAUGUCAUUUAUGAGUGAAACCUGCCCCACCCUUAAACCUCUGGUGUUCACUCGAAUCACUAAGAUCAUAUCGUGGAUUCAGGAGACCAUGGCCAACAACUGA